GUCAAAUAUAGCUCUUUGAACCUUCUUGAACUUAUAACAGUUUUCACGGCAUUUUAUAAGCUCCAGCUUUGUAAAGCUGGUCAAAAAAUAUGAGCAAAAUUUUCUCUUCUAUUCGUUCAACUUACCGUGCAGCCAGUGUGGCUAUUGACAGCGGGCACACCCCAAAUGAAAUGCGCCGCAGCUUUGAGCUUGUGCAAAUGUGCCACCGAGACCUACAGCUUCUUAUUAAACUUCGCCACGAGCAUCUUCACCUUCUGGAAGAUCAGACCCUGUCACUUGAGCGUCUUAAUGCCGUCAUUGAAAAAGUACAUGGUGACAUGGUCGCCGCGUAUCGCAUUGUCGAAAAAUAUCGACCGGGACUGCAUAGUGGUAAAACAUCGCUGCAACAUCGUAUAGCAUGGGCUAGUCAUGAUUCUCAAGAGCUUCAAAUGCUAGGACCAAUCAUAAGUCAGCAUCAUGCAGCUGUGUUAGCUGAGAUUACGUUUCUCAGGAGCCUUACAAUUAUCAGCGCAACGCAAAAUGACGCAGGGAAAGCGAAAGAGGGUAUUUCCUCACAGAAACAGAAAAUAUUCGAUAAUACAGAUCUUUUAGAGGACUUAAUGGGUGAUGCUGCUGCUUCUCCAAAUCUGCUGCCCACUGCUCCGCUAACUGAAGUCAGCGCCAGGGCAAGUAUACCUAACCUGUUGACAAAUCAGGUGUACUGUGAUCUACCCGAGCCCGUUAUUCCCAAUCUCAUUCCUCACCAACAACCAUUCAGUAUUCAUCAACCAACUGAACAAUUUUCUUCUAUUUGGAUGCCAAGUGCCGAGACAAGUCUGGAGAGUCAUCUACGCAACCAACGAGUGGUUUUGAAUCAAAGCGAUCAUUCAGGAUUGUCUCUUCUGCUCGAGGGUGUUUCAAAUCCAAGCCUCAAUCAGACAUUGAAGACGCUGGCUCAGCCUUCUUACACUUUAUCUAGUGACCAAAUGUGUCAGCCAUUGCUGCCAUCAUAUUCAUUCUCUCUUAUUGGCGAUGACUUCGCUCCAAGCCCCCAUGCUCAGUAUUCUCUAAUCUCUAAACCUUCCACUCUGUCUCUGGGUUCAAGAGAAACGCCCAGCCACCAAAUAUCCGAAAUGCAGCGCAAUACAAUCUCGGAUCUUUCUGUUAACUAUUCACACCUCCACUCUCUUCAACCAACUCCAUCAUCGAAGACAACAGCCCUGGCUUCGAUUUCAAUAGCUCCUCUUGCAUCGGAAUUUUCGCAAAACAAUCCUCCGAAUCAACACUUUGCGGAACAGUAUCAAUAUGCAGAUAAUAGCACAAAGGAAGAUGAUCCGCAAUUUAGUCCACGGAUAGAGAUGAGAAGCAACAAGCUUUAUGAGUUGCAAGGAUCUGAAAGGUCUCGAGAACAAUUGGUAUCUCAAUAGUGUACUGCUUUAUUAUGUAAUAUAGUAAUUGGUCAUCACAACAAAACAAUUAUUAACAUGCCUUUAGG